UUUUAGUCAAACAAACCGCUUACACCUACUCUAAAACAAAGACAAGCUAACGAACAGCCAUCAGUGCUCUGCACUGUGAAAACCUAACGCUCUACUGUAUCCUGAUUGUAGAUGAGAGGAGAGGCGGGUUUUAUCCUAAAAAUAAUAUAUCCUGCGAGUUCUUACAAAAUGAAAUAUAUAUAUGCAAAACACAGAGGUUUGAACGGCAGAAAGUGAAUAAUUUUCUUUGCGACAGGUUUCGAAGAGACAACCUUUAAUUUUAAACAUGGCGCCAACUGUACUCAUGGUUGCAGAGAAGCCGAGCAUUGCAUUGUCUAUAGCAUCGGUUCUUUCGUCGGGAAAUAUGUUGACACGGCGAUCAAACACUGAUGUGCACGAAUUUGAUGGAAUGUUUAGGAGCAUACGGGUUCGGUAUAAAGUGACAUCUGUCAUUGGGCAUGUACUAAGUACUGAUUUCCCUCCAACAUAUCAGAACUGGGAGACAACUGACCCCUUUGAUCUUUUUGAAGCUCCCAUCAUCAAAACAGAAUCCAAUCCAAAGGCCCACAUUCCCAAGCAUUUACAACAAGAAGCACGAGGAUGUGACUACUUAGUACUGUGGCUCGAUUGUGACCGUGAGGGCGAGAAUAUAUGUUUUGAAGUAAUGGAUUGUACUCUCAAUAUGCUGCGGAGGGGUACAGGUCAGCAAGUUUUCCGUGCACGAUUUUCUGCAAUAACUGAGAAAGACAUAAGUAAAGCCAUGAAUAAUCUUGUUGAACCAAACAAAAAUGAAGCACUAGCUGUUGAUGCACGUCAAGAGAUUGAUCUAAAGGUUGGAGUUGCAUUUACACGGUUUCAGACACGUUAUUUUCAAGGCAAAUAUGGAAACCUUGAUUCCGGUGUUAUUUCUUAUGGGCCCUGUCAAACGCCAACACUUGGGUUUUGUGUACAACGACAUCUGGAAAUCACCACAUUUAAACCAGAGCCAUUUUGGAUUGUUCGACCGCAUAUCAACAAGAGUGGUUAUCAACUUCAGUUAUCAUGGGAUCGGAACAAAGUAUUUGACCAAGAUGUAUCCAAAGUCUUUCAGAAAUUGGUGAUUGAUUCUGGCUCAUCCAAGGUUGUAGAUGUUUCACAAAAGGAAGAGCGCAAAAGUCGUCCCUCUGGUUUGAAUACUGUAAAUCUGCUCAAGGUUGCUUCCAGUGCACUAGGCCUGGGGCCUCACCAUGCUAUGCAAAUAGCUGAGCGAUUAUACACACAAGGCUACAUAAGUUACCCCCGAACAGAGAGCACGGCCUACCCAGCAACAUUUGAUUUUGAAGGCACCCUUUCUGUCCAAUGCAAGAACCCAAAUUGGGGCGAUUAUGUGAAGUCCUUAAUUGCUAUGGGAUACAAUCCUCCAAGAACAGGAAGUGAUGCUGGUGACCAUCCUCCCAUAACACCUAUGCAGUCAGCUACAGAAUCUCAAGUGGGAGGGGGUGAUGCGUGGAAACUCUACCAGUAUGUAACUCAACACUUCAUUGGAAGUGUGAGCCCUGAUUGCAAAUAUACAAGGAAAAGGGUGGAAUUCUUAGCAGGAGGAGAGAAAUUCUACUGUACUGGCCAAAGUGUAACAUAUCAAGGAUUUACAGCUAUUAUGCCUUGGCUAGGUAUUUCUGAAGAAAGCCUCCCUCCAUUUUCCAAAGGGGAAACCAUACAUAUUUCAGAAGUAGAGCUCUAUCAGGGACUCACUUCACCCCCUGGUUACCUCACUGAAAGUGAGCUAAUUUCUCUCAUGGAGAAGCAUGGGAUUGGCACAGAUGCUUCAAUUCCAGUUCACAUAAAUAAUAUAUGUGAAAGGAAUUAUGCACAGGUACAUGCAGGAAGGCAGCUUAUUCCUACAGUUUUAGGAAUCACACUAAUCAGAGGAUAUCAGUCCAUUGAUGCAGAUCUGUGCUUGCCAGAAAUUCGGAGCUUUAUAGAGCAGCAAAUUACCUUGAUUGCAAAGGGCCAAGUUGACCAUGGUCGCAUGGUUCAACAUGCACUACAACAAUUCUGUGCCAAGUAUAAAUAUUUUGUUGAUCAGAUUGAAAAAAUGGAUGUCCUGUUUGAAGCACAAUUCUCUCCCCUAGCUGAGUCUGGUCGUAUGCUAAGUAAAUGUGGUAAAUGUAGUCGCUAUAUGAAAUAUAUUUCCAUCCGACCAGCACGCUUGUAUUGUGCGACCUGUGAAGAAGUCUAUGCUCUCCCUCAAAGUGGUACCAUCAAGCUAUACAAAGAGUUGACAUGUCCUUUGGACAAUUUUGAGCUGGUUUUAUGUUCCUUACCAGGACCAGAUGGAAAGUCAUAUUCUCUUUGUCCAUAUUGCUAUAACAAUCCUCCAUUUGAAGGGAUGGAGACUCUUUUUGGUGGCCUUUCCAUUGGAAAGGCUAACAAAAGUGGGGGUAUGCCCUGCAGUCUUUGUCAACACCCUACAUGUCGGCAUUCAGUUAUCAAGCAGGGUGUUUGUGCCUGUCCAGAGUGUGAUGGUACAUUAGUUCUUGAUCCUGUCAGUGCCCCAAAAUGGAGGUUAGAUUGUAAUAAGUGCAACUGCCUUGUUUACCUUCCUCAUAAUUCUCAUAGGAUAUCAACUACUGAUGAACACUGUAAUGAGUGUGGAUCGACCAUUCUUGAAGUAGAUUUCAAUAAAAAAGACACUCCACUGAAAGAUGGUGCUACUAUACAUAAAGCAUGUGUCCUUUGUGAUGAAUUAUUGCAUUCCAUGGUAGAGGUGAAGCAUGGUAAAUCAUUUUUCAGAAGACCAGGUAGAGGUAGAGGAAGGGGUGGUGGUCGGGGAAGAGGAAGAGGAAGGGGACGGGGGCAUUCAAAUAACAAAAAUGAAGACCCAAGAAUGAGUUUUCGAGACUUCUAAAUUCUUAAAUAGAGUGGGAUGAUUUGAGCAUGCUUCUUCUUACCAGAAGAUUGAUGGCAAGAGAUCUAUCUUAGUGUGGAGGUUAUCCAAUUCUUUUUGGAUAAUAGGAGAGCGUGGGAGUAUAGACUUUAUAGCACACAGGUCUGCAACACCUUUAUUGAAUGGUCACAUUAAAAGAAUAGUGACUGCAGUGAAAUUUAAUCUCCUGUAUUCUGUAAGAAUAGCUUGGCUGUCUCUUAUCAUGGUGUUUUUUAUGGUAGCUAUACUUUAUUUUAAGUUUCUGAAUUUUUGGAUGUAUCAUGUUUCAGUUUUUCCUGUUAAUGAACAAUAUCUUUGUUGGGUUUGA